AUGUCUCGUCUAUUCUCAAGAAGAUUCGCGUGUGUCCUUUUCAACCCGCAAACCUCAUCGACGCCUGGAGUCACAAUAUCCUGCCGAUUCAUCACUACCUCAAUCAAAUCAAAUCAAGAGCUCAUCAACUCCCCUCCUGAGAUCUCAUAUCAGCCGUUCUAUUCCCAGAAAACACAACGUGACAAGAAAGCUUCUUUGGUGAUAUUCGAUAAAGACGGCACGUUGAUAUGUUUUCAUUCGAUGUGGGUUCCGUGGACAUUGCAAACAGCCCGCAAAAUCGAGGAGCUUGCAAAGAUCGGUUCUCUGUCCGAAAAAGUGUAUCGACUAUUAGGAUACUGUCCAAUAGAGAUGAAGGUCCGACCGGGCCUUCUCGCCGAAGGGACAAUGCUCCAAAUAAGAGAAGAGAUCACAAAACUUUUGAUAGAACAAGGACUUCGGAAAGAUCAAGCUCAAGAAAUCGUAUCCACCUCGGUUUUGGAUUGUCCCACACAUUCGCGGAAAUCUCUAAAACCCAUUCACGAUUUGAGGGAACUAUUUUCAGCGCUGAAAAGCCACAAUGUGAAAAUUGCGAUUUGUACGGCUGAUAACAGGGUUGGCACGAUGGCCAUGCUUCGAGAGUUCGGAGUUGAAAGCUUAGUUGACGUGGUCGUUUGUGGAGAUGAUUAUGGAGCUCAGCCAAAACCCAAUCCUUACAAUGCGCUGAUGAUUUGCAAAGUGCUCGGAAUAGCACCAGAGGAUACGUUAAUGGUGGGAGACACACUAGCAGAUAUGGGAAUGGGAAGGUCGGCCAAAUUGAGAGGAACUGUCGGAGUACUUUCUGGAGUGGCUGGGAAAGAAGAGCUUAAACCGUUAGCUGAUCAUCUGGUCUCACAUGUUGGCGAACUUAUGCCGAUCGUUCUUGGAUCAUCAACUUGU